AUCUAACGAGAUCACGCUGUACAGGAUGUAGCUGGGGCGGCAUGGUUAUAUUUAUAAUAGAGAAGAAGAGAGGAAGAUGAGAGGUCGUGGAUAGAUGGACGAGCGUGGAUGGCACAGGUAACUAGGUAAGUUAAGUUAGGUUAGUGGGCCUCCCUAGCAGUGGAGGCCUAGGGAUAUCCUAGAUGGGUUAUAGUCCGCUUCCAACGCUUCGAAUUACCCUACCUACCUAUCGCCAUCCCCAAACGUACAGAGGGAUAAGAACAAAACAAAGAAAAAUAACAAGCGAAAGAAGCCUAGCAUGCGUCUAUGAUGCCCUAUAUUCUAUACGUAGGGCCUAUUGGCUUACGGCUGAGCCCCCAUGGUCAAAAUACCCCGCUCUCACAGCCUCACGAGUCCUGACCGAUCAGAGUGCAUCUUUUCACACCCGUAGAGAUGAUGCCAGUUUCAUCCGACGCAACACAGCUUCGCGGCUAUCUGCGCUCUUUCUGCUUUGGCAAGCAAUAACAGUCCAAACUUCUCGACCUCGGGGUUGCACGAUGCGGUUGCUACAACGCGACAAUGCAGGCAAUUACAGCCUGACCCCGGACUUGACUCCCGACCAAAUUCCUCCGUACGCGAUCCUUUCCCACAUAUGGGGACCCGACGAGGUAGUCUUUACAGAUAUAGCGAAUCCAUAAGAUUAGUGGCAUUAGAAGGCUGGUUAUGCUAAGAUUUAAUUCUGUACUAACUCUAGAUGGCUAUUAAUAGUAUGUUUCGGUGGUAUUGCGAUGCGAAGAUAUAUUACAUUUACCUUUUAGAUAUUUCUAGCUUUACGGCAAUUAGUACGUAAGGCUGUAUAGCAACCUAGGAAAUGGCAUUUUAGGAUAGCAGAUGGUUUAUUUGUAGAUAGAUACUUUAAAAAUUUAUUAUUCCUAAUAAAGUCGAGUUUUACUCCAAAGAAGGAAUUUAAUUAAGCGAUAAG